AUGGCUUCCGCCAUUGGAGCGCCGUUUCUGGCACCUUUCCAUUUUUCGCCACCGCCGGGCUUGACACAGUCUGUGCAUGGUUUGCAUCAUUGCAUGUCGUCUUCCAAGAAGCCGAAACAUUGCUCGCCCUCGAAGCAAAGGCGGGAUUUUGCCAGAGGUGCGGCACGCAGGGAGUGGGUGCGAAGGACUGCUGCUCGCAAGCCGGCGUGCCAAAACCCCGGUGUUUCUGAUGCUUCUGACAUCAAGCCCGAAGAACAGAUGAGGCAGGGAUUUGGGGAUCUGGAGCAGGCCAUCGCAGAUGUUCUGAAGUACGGUGGGAACCCUUUCAGCUGCUACUUUCAGCAGUGGAUGGGUGGUUCACCUUCGGUCAACAAGUUCAGGCAGCGUGAAAUUUUCCCCCUCAGCCCUGUUCGCACGUGGUUUUUCCAGGUUGGUGAAGGUAGCAUCUUGCCGGUGUCCUUGCGGCUCUUGAUGCUGAAUGCAUGUAUCGCGGGGAUGAACUUCUUGGCCGCUGAUUUCAAACCUGCACGUUUUUUGCAGACUACUGGGCGUCAUACCGCCGCGCAGUUGGAUGUCCUGCAGCACGUAGCCGGACGCGUUUGUUCGUUCUUGGAGGUGUUGAGCGAGGCCUCUUCAGGGCAGCUGUCGGUUUGCAACGCUUUUGAGCAGUUCGAGGAGCAGUCUCCCGACCGUUACCCGAAACUUCGUGCUGAAGCGGUUGAUCUCCCGGCGGUCGCUGGCACCUGCGACCCUUCGCUUCUCAUUCCCACUGAGCUGGCUGCUGCUAUUGAGAAUCCUUCGGCACUCUUUGCAAGCAGGAAAGCUGAAGUUUGGCUGCAGGGUCCUUUUCCUAAGGGCGAGAAGCUCGAGUAUGUCAAUCUGGUCUGGCGACAGCUGCAAUGUGGCAAAACGAGGCUACGAAUCCAUGUCAAUGCCACUGGGGGUGUAUUUUGUGUGGGCAAGAGCAACGGGCGACAACGUGAAGUUUGGGACGGCUCUUUGGUUUCCGCAGGUGCUGCACGCCCUCCUGCGCCAGCUCGGCUGGCAAAUCCAAGCUGCUUCGCUGACCUCCAGUUCGCUCCUGGGCAACGUGUUUAUAUGUCAAAGCGGGACAUCCACACAUGUUUUGACAUUUUACAUGCUCCAGAUGCUCUUCAGCCUUACUUUGGUCGGCCUCCAAUCACGUUGCAAGAGCUCGCGCAGGUCUCCAAGCUUUCUGUUUCAUCCCUCCAGCAGUUCGUGGCGGACAAGGGCGAUGGUCCCGUUAGUGCACGUGAGAACCUUUACCCUGCAAGCACUGUGUGGCCAAUGGGCUUUAGUUGGUCCUCAUGCAUAGCCCAAGCUGCCACCCUUGCUUGCUGCGUCGAGGCUGGAGUGUGCACCAGCAGCUUCAUGGACUUGGACAGCCCACCUCCUUCAGGACCAGAAAUCUGCGGCGUGGCGACAGAUGAUACAUUUUUCUUCCAUUUCGACAAGGAGCUGGGACGAAAACGUUUGUCCGAUUUGGAUGCAGUGCUAGCCGCAAACGGCAUGCCCAAGAAUGCCACAAAGGAUGUUUCGCUUCAGUCGUCCAUGACGGCACUUGGUUGUUGCAUUGACGCAGAAACGGGAACUGCCCAGCCAGAACCUAGUAAAGUCACUGCUCUUUUUCGUGCGUGGAUCGACUUGCUCAACAAGGGCCGCGCCAGUCCCAGAAGCGUGAGCAGGGCACUUGGUCUGCACCAGUGGUUCUGUCUUUUACAGCGUCCUGCCUUCUGUGUGUUCGACGCGGUGUAUGAGUUUGUGCGCCGCGAGCCGUCGUCUGUGUCAGCUGAUCUGCCAAGCUCGGUUGGUGCAGAACUUGCGGUGGCGGCUUUCAUUAUGCCGUUGUUGUGUGCCGACCUCCGACGCACCUUCCUGCCACAGUUAACAGCCUGCGAUGCGGCUCCUGCUUUCGGCUUCGGGGUAGCUUACAUGAGGUGUUCCCGAGCUGUGGCCGCUGAAGUGGGAGCACUUGCAGAGAGGCGAGGAGAUUAUGUUAAGUUUUAUUUAGGCCCCGAUGAUCCCGCUCCCAAAGACCGCUUAGGGGUUCCGCACCUGUUGCCUUACCCGAAGCAACGCUUCAAAGUGGCCAUUUCUGCGCGUGCUCGUUACAAAGCGCAUUCAGGUGUGCUAGAAGCUCAUGGCCUGUUGCUUGCGCUCAAGUGGUUAUUGCGCAAACGGGGUAACUUUCAUCAUCGACUUGCUAUCUUGAUAGAUGCCAAAGCUGUUCUAGGGGCAGCAAGCAAGGGCAGAUCUUCUGCACCUGUGAUUCGAGGAAUCGUGCGUCAAGUCGGAGCGCUUUUGAUGGCAACAAACUGCCUCCUUCGGGGCAUCUAUGUACCGUCGGAGCACAACCCAGCCGAUGAGCCAUCCCGUGGGAAAUGGCAUCGGGGCAAUCGUGCUCGCAAGGUCCAGAAGUCAAGCCUGAAGCGUCGCCGACAGGACCCUUUUGCCACCCCUAAGGUUUAG